CUUGAUAGAACAGUAGCCUUCUGCAGAAUGAAUUAUGGCUGGAUUUGUAUAUGAACCAGACGUCACAGAGGCUUUUUUGACCUGUUCAAUUUGUGAAGACGAUUAUAAAGAACCUGUAGGAUUGCCAUGUCUUCACUCUUUCUGCAAAGAAUGCAUCAGUCGCCAUAUAAUAGAAUCCACCAAAGGACAAAAGGCGGCAAGAGGAUUUAACUGUCCCAAGUGUAAGCGCCAAAUCGAUGCACCUGAUCCACAACAAGCUCCACAUUAUUGGGUUGAGUCUUUCCCGGUGAAUCAUUUCGUGAAGAGCUUAAUGGAAAAUGUUCGUUUGCGGACAGAAGAAAGAAAAUGCGACCCGUGCUCAAGGCGCAAUGACAGUAUCAUUGCAAUGAAGUGGUGUAAAGAAUGCUCCGAAGCUUACUGCGAGCAAUGUGAAUCUUUCCACAAGUCGCUGAAAUACUCUCAACAUCACAACCUGAUAAGCAUGAUCGAUCUUCAACAUCAACCAAUCAAGGACACUGCCAACAGACCUCCAUGUCCCGACCAUGAAGGAACAGAGCUGGCUUUCUUCUGCGAGGAUCAUAACCAGGUCGUCUGUUCCUCUUGUGUGACGCUGGAUCACAGGAAAUGCCUCAACGUUACAUCUUGCGAAGAAGCAGCCGAUAAGCAAAGGCUCAAGACAGAUGCCAUUAUUGAUAAACUGAAGAUGCAACGAGACUGGGCAAAUAGGAUUUCAGAAAACCGAAAACAUAGUUCGAAAACCUUGGAAGAUGCAUCUUUUCAGCUUCGUCAACAAAUAGCUGGCCUUCGUCAGCAGAUGAACGAUUUGUUGAAAUCUAAAGAAUACAAGCUGACUGAAGAGAUUAAAAACAUAAAGAUUCAAGAGAAAAACAACUACGAUUCCGACAUCGAUAGUUGUGAUGGUAUCGCUAGCACGACUGAUAAUGCUUUGUCCUUGCUUCAAAACACAUUGAAGCAUGGUUCCGACACAGAUGUUCUACUAAUGGUGGACAAAGUCAAACAUGAAGCUCAUGUCUGCGAAAACACCCUUUCCGAUAUAACUCGUCAAAUGAAAGACGUCUUCAUGAAUUUUACUCCAGAUAAACAGCUCCAAGCGAUUUCCACUACAUUGAGAGACAUUGGAAAGAUAACAGUAACGUACACUCCUGUUCAUAUUGCUCCUCCAUACAAUCUGGAAAACUCAAACGAGGAACACCCCAUAGAGGAUGAAUCCAUUGCUUUUCGAAGUAUUCCUUCAUCACCACUAUCCACUCGAAAGUCCCCUCCUCCGCCUUUGUCUAUGAAAAAAGCAUCGCCACCGAUAAGCUCGCGAAAAUCCCCACCAACUUUCUUCGGAAGUGGAAAUAAUAUCCAUACAGCAAGGCUAUCUCCCAUACCUUCCGUCAGGUCAAGAAAGUCUCCUCGAUAUGAAGAUGUAAAACAUCCCGAUUCUGCGCAAACGCCACUUCCACCACUUAUUCUUCCACCAAAGUCAGUUUCGCCAAUCCACCGAGUAGCUCCGAAACAGGCAACAAUGGAUUACUUCUUCAAAGCCCGCACUAUUCAAGAUAGAGAAAACUGUUGCUUCACUGGUGCAGAAUUUAUUGGAAAUAGUAGAAUCAUCCUAAUUGACCAGAACCAUCGCAAGAUUAAGCUUUUCAAUAAGGAGUACAAGUGGGUUGGUGAAAAGGUGUUGUCUGCGAAACCCUACGAUAUUGCAAUCAUCAGUGGAAACGAGGUUGCCGUAAGUCUCCCACCAGACAAGAAAAUUUAUAUUUACCAGGUUCGGGAGAACGAUUGCCUCGGUAUUUCCACCAUUCAGACAGGUGCAAAGUGUUGGGGAAUUGCAUUUGCCAACAAAAAGUUUGCUGUCUGCUGCUAUUCCCAACCGCCUUGCAUUAAAAUGAUGUCUCAAGACGGAAGAGAAUUAAAGAUCAUCUGCAAGGAUCAGGAAGAUCAUGAUCUGUUUUCCUUCCCUGACUACAUAGCCAUGGACAAAUCAGCCAAGAACCUGUUUGUCACCGACAAAUAUAAAGGGUCUGUAAUCGCUGUUACUACCAGUGGAGAGAAAAGAUGGGAAUUCCGGGAUGAAGGUUUACUUAAGAAUCCCAAAGGAAUUGCUGUUCUUGGAACGCGUGUUUAUGUUGCAGGAUGCAAGUCCCACAAUGUAUUACUGAUGACGACAGAUGGUGACGUCAUCGGUAAUAUGAUAAGUGAUGGAAUUUCCAAUCCACACAAAAUUGCGCUCCAUUCCGAUGGAGAUCAUCUCAUGGUUACUCAGUACCAGUCUACAUUAGUGGAUGUUGAAAAGAACAUGAUAAAAGUGUUUACAGUGUACUGAAGAAUAUUUUAAACGAUUUUUCGCUUUAUUCAUCGGUUAAGGUUCAUAUAA